AUGGCAGACCGUCAAAUGACUCAGCAGACGAUUCUUGGUCACCUAACCAAGCUCAACGAUCCCGAUGCCGAUUUGCGAUACAUGUCCCUCAAUGACCUCUACACGAUUCUCACAAGCCCAAGCUCCACUUUUCUGUCCAGCGAUCACCGCUCCUCCACCAAGCUUGUGGAGGGGCUUCUGAAGGCCUUGGAUGACCAGCAUGGAGAUGUCCAAAACCAGGCAUUGAAAUGUCUUGGCCCGCUGGCUCUUCGACUUCCCUUUGAAUCGCUCGUACCUCUUCUUGAGAGUCUGAGCGAACUCACUGCCUCUCAAACCAUUGAUACCUCAGUGCCCAAUACCGCCAUCCGUACGAUUGUCGACACUCUGCCUCGCCCUCAAGCUGGCCAGCCAGCUACACAAAAUGCCGUCACAGCGUACCAGGCUGUGUCCAAGGUGCUGAUUCCACGGCUCAUUGGGUCCAACCACUCGUCAUCGGGAAGACGAGGAUCCGUGGUGCAAGGGAUGCUGGAGAAGGAUCCCUCCAAAGGAUUCAGUAGUGAUGCAAUUGAUGUCCUGAUCAAGGUAGUGACGUGUUUUGGACCUCUGCUCUCCGAGCAUGAGCUUGCGGCGCUACAGGAGCCCGUGAUGGCCAUCAUUAACAACGAGACCGCGGGAACUGUAGUGACCAAGCGUGCACUGGCGGCAAUGUCCGCUCUGGUACUCUACUUCUCCGACAACCAGCUCAAUACCUUUGUCAAGCGAUUGACAGAGACGUUAUCCUCCCCCAACCUUUCCACAGUGCACCGCCGACACUUGAUCGCGGCGAUUGGCGUGAUUGCUCGCAGUGCUCCGGCGAAGAUUGGACCUCAUCUGGAUCAACUUGCCCCCUUCGUCUUUUCUGCGUUAGGGGACGACAACCUUGGACAAGCAAACUGA